AAUGCACAAGGAAGCUACCCAUCCGUCCGGGGUACAGCAACAUCGGAGACAGUUAUAGAAGUCGGGAAAGACUGUCAGGAAUUGGCAGGUAGGUGAGCGCGUCGCCUCAACCCAAGGACACACCAGCCACUUUGUAACAUCGCCCGAAUCGUUUGCUGUGAAGUGGCAUCCACUGAGGUGCCAGCUGAAGAAGAUGAGAGCAGUUUUCUUUAACUCGGUGCGAUUGCAAGUACAAGGGGUCCGAAAGGCACGCAUUGAAUUGGGGGUAGGCGACACUGGUUUUGGGACAAGGGCUUAUCGUUUGCUGUCGAGUGCAACUCGCGAAACUCAGUGGCUGCACUCCACUUAUCGCUGGCAGACUCUCACCGAUCGCCGUCUCGAAAUCUCUAAAAGUAUAGACGCGAAAGCACCUGCUCACCCCUCUUUUACUUUCUCCGAGCAGUUAGGCGAUGUUACGGCAAAGGCGAUGGACCAUCUGUUCGUAUUGAAGCUACUGGACAUCCAGAUCGCAAUC